AUGAAAUCGCUGAUAGUGGUAAAAGAAUAUUGCAUUACACAAUGUAUGCUUCACUUGCGAACAGGAAUUUCUGCUGAAAAAGGAUACUUUGGUCCUUGGAGACAGUGCAAACUUUUGCUUUAUAAUCGGGAAAGAUGCGGUACGGGUGUAUCCAGAUUUCAACCAGUCAUGGUAGUCUGGGUAGCUGGAAUAGCAGCAGCAAUAUCAUCUGGAUUACUAGGACUAUUGGUAUUACUGGCAGUCCUCCAGCUAGCCAUGGCCUCCUCAGCAAAGCGGAUGGUAAUCUCCUACAGCACAACCUUGAUCGGAAAAGUUGCACUUGGCACACUGGCCAGUUGUUUGUCGAUAGUCGCUGCGAGUUUAUUUGCAUUGCAAACCGAUGACCGAGCCAAUAGUUACAUUAUCACUCGAGGCGAAGGUUUUUAUAUGCAGCGACCGCGGAAUUUACUGAAAGAGGCGAAAGAUGACGUUAAAAUGGAGCGCAGAAAACAGAAACGUGGAAAGGGAAUAUACGCAAGAAGAGGAGGAGAUCCUACGAAGAUACGGGAAGUAGUGGAUGUACGUUCAACGACAAUCAAUAAUCCCGGAUACAGAGAACAUUCAACCAAUGGUAUCUCAAUGACUGACGCAAGUGGAAAACCCUACGUCGGAGGAGUCACUAAUGGUUCGAUGGCAUCAGUAACGACUUCUGGGAGUGUGGGUAGCACAAUAUCGCCGCUUCGUAGUUCUCUAAAAAAGCCAAAACCCUUAGGAAUCCAAAACCCUGGAUUUUCUACGCACAGCCCGACGCUUUCCAGAAACGGGUCGCAUAAAAAAGUCAGGAUUCAAACACAUUCAACCGAAGUCUAA